AUGCCAAGUAACCAAAACCCAAAUCUGUCGACGAAUGCUGGCGUUACUCUCAGCCUUCAGUACACUCCACAGACCUCGUGUACUGGACGUUUCCGGUCUCAGCCAAGGGCUACGGACAUAGCCUUCAUUGAGGAAGUCAAGAAAUUGCAGGCACGCGUUGAAGAGGCUGAUCGAAGAUACGAAGGUCUCCUGAAUUCUGGCAUCCCACGUGGAACACAUUGGAGAGUGCCUGAUGAGGCGAAGGCAGAGGCUCCAUGUGCUGCCAUGCUCACAGCGAAGGCUGUUGAAGUGCCCUUCGUGUUCGCUUUGAAGGCUGCGUCGAGAGCGCAACGCCAAAUCGGAAAGGCCAUGAGGGCUGGUCAAGCAACCAAAGCGGCCUUCACAGCUGCCAAUGCCUCACGUCGGACGCUGAAGAUGGCGACAAGGUCAAUAAUCGUCGUAGAUGUGAUCUUCACUGCGUGGGAAUUUGCGUCGAUAAUCAAGGAUUGGAACACACGUGACCCAACACAGGAAGAUAUCGAUGAAUUGAUUGAAAAACUUCAGGCGAAGAAGGAUGAGGCAGAAGAAGUGAUGAAAUAUCUGCAGUCUGACUUGUCGGAUACCCUCGCCAUCGGUGACGACAACUAA